UUGACGUUUGCUCAUAAAAAUAAAUAAAUAAAUAAAUGCUGAGUGAAACAGAGAAGAAAGAAAUAAAAACUCAGCACUCGCGAACUGGGUCCGUGGGGUAGUGGUAGAGGGGCGCCGCACGAGAGUUCAUAUGCGCGUUGCACGUAAAACGGGCCGACAACGAAUAAGCGGCAACCGCGCUUUAUCGCUCGGUUCUCGGUCAGUCAGUUCAUUUCUCGGCGUCCGUCUCGUUAUUAUACCGCCAUUCGUGUUGUGAAAACCCGCGUUUUCCCUCCGAUUUACCCGGUUUUUCUUGACGAAGACCAUGCAGUUUUGACCUGCACACCCCUGUGACGUAUUCGCACCGUGGUUGAUUAAUCGAAAUGCCGUCGAUAGACCAGUGCGACGGCGCCUCGGCCUUGACCGCUCUUCCUUCGACCCUGGAAAUUUUCGAUAAAUUCAAAUCGGUCUCGGAAAAUGGAAAACUGUCCGAUUCCGAGGAGAGUUUCCAUUUGCUACUGGACGACGACGAGACUGAGAAUCAAUCCAACGGGGGAACCCAUAACGACGAGACUGAGGAUGACAUACUGAAUAAAUUCGAAACUAACACUCCGGAAAGUGAUCUGCGCGCAGAGGAAUCGUUUUUAAAUGACGAAGAAGAGCAAUGCUCUUCGAAAAUUAAACUGAAAACUAUCGUUAAAAUCAGCUCGAAAGAUGAAAACUACUGCGAAAGCCCAGAAGGGGAAUUCAAGAGUCUUUACGAGGAUGAAGUGGAGCCAGAUCCGGCUUCUACACCAACCUCAGAACCGACGAUGGAAGUAACCGAAGAAACUAACGGAGAUAAUACUUCUGAAGACUCCAUGGGGAUGGAGGAGGAAAACAAUAUCGCCAACUUAAUCGAUAAACUUGAGGAGGACGAUAAAGAGGAGGAGGAGAAACCUGUUGAAAACGGAACCCCUAUGGAGCAAGACAGCUGUGAUAUUGACGAAGCAACAGAACCUGAAAAGCAAGAAAUGACUGAGGACGACAGAGAGGAAGCUACUCCACUAAAAACAGCCAAAGAUGACACACCUGAGGAGGAAUUAAAAAAUGACGAAACCGCUUUGGAAAGUGACGCGAAAGAUCAAGAGUCUAGUGAUGAAAAACCUUUAGAAAAGGACCCACUUGCAGACGAUCAAGUGUUUAAAGUACCAGAAGAAUUACCCAAAGAACCACAAGAGUCGGACGACAAAUCGAACGAUAGAACUGAAGACGAAUCGGAUCUGUUGGACGUCACGAUGGUGAGGGAAACGGAGGAGGACGACGCGUGCGCCAUGGCGGACGCGAUGACCGACAUCGAAACCCGAACCAGCGAAAAAUCCGAUGAGGAGCAAAGUGAGGACCGCAUGGACACCGAGCAAGAAACCAGCGAUAACGAUAAAGAUUUUGAUGAUAACGCCAUGAGUUUCGAUGGGAUGGACGAGGACAGUCAUACUAGUUCAAGCAGUCAGACAAAACAAGAGAAUAAAGUGGUUGAGGAGACCUCUGAUACUUCUAAUAAUGCUGUUGAGGAGGAACUACCUGCUGAAGUAGAAGCAGUAGCACCAGACAAACCUGAAGAGGAGAAACAGGAAGAGAUUGGGGAGGAAAUGGCUGUGGAGCCUCCCAGUGCCAACGAAAAUGACGAAGAUCGGUUGGUGAUUAAGGAAAAGGAGCAGUGCGAGAAGGAAACUUCUGAAAAAAGUGAUAAAGUAGUAUUAGUUGAUAAUAAAAAGACUGAGGAAGUGACCAAGGAGGGUGCCAAGGAUGAAGGCGAACGUGUUGAAAAUGCGGAAAAGACUGACCAAAAUGUUCCAGAAACGAACCAAAUCUCCCUAAAUAAACGCGCCCACUUAUCCAUCGAAGAGGAGCCGGAAGAGGAGGUCCAGAUUCCAAAAAAACCGAAAUUAGUCACGGAAAUUACCCCUGCGGCACCUCCCCCAUCCACUCUGGACAAACUAAAAGUCCUCAGCGACUUCGCCAAGUUUAUGCAAUGCAAAAAACUGACUAGCAAACUGACCAGGUCGGACCUGGAACAGUUCUGCAUUCAGAAAAUCUGCGAGAGUCUAAUGCUGAAGAGCACCGAGGGUGAGCUGCAUCAGAUGAUAAGGAAACAGGAGAAAAUAAUCGAGAGUCUACGCAAAGACUUGGUGCAGCUCUCCAAGCAGUGCAAGGACCUGGAUAUCGUAAAUAAGAAACUGAUGAGCGAAAUCCGGAAUCCGAAUGCGCCCAAGCGACCUCUGGUGCCGCUGAAGAUCACCAGAUCGGUGGGGUUGCAAGUGAGACUGAACCCUGGAAGUGAUCCCAGUCAAAAUCGGAAUAAGAGGACGUCUAUUGGCGGAGGCGUUACCCCCACCAACACGACCAGCAAUACUCCACAAAAGCAGCAAACUCCGUCGCCUGUGGUUAAUAGGAAAGUCGCUGCGCCUACGCAAAGUACUGUGGGUGCGCAACAGGCGUCGGUAGUGAGACAGGUAGGUUUUUUUUUUUUUGAUUAAGAAAAUUAGGAAAUU